UUUUUGUUGGAAGAUAAAUGGUACCAGAGCAAGGCAUAUUUAGAGCGUGUGCGGUACGGCUUGCAAAGUCAAUAUAAAAAUCCAUUGGGCCAGGAAGAUACGAGCGAAAAUGGAGUUGACAGACUACUUUGUUUGUUACCGAUGCAACCGCAUAAAAU